AUGCUCCUGCAGCCCAUCCACCUGCUCCCUCACCGUCUCAAUAUCCUCCCUAAUACCCGCAAGCCCCUUGACCGCGCCCCCUGCCCCCGCCGCACCACCGUCGGCGUCGUCAUCAUCCAAACCCUUGAGCACGCCACGCUUAUAAUCAAGCAAUAA